UCUCUCACUCAUUCAUUCACGCAUCCCUUUUAACGUCCCAUCACCGUUCUUUCUCUUUCUCUUUCUCUAUCUCUCUCUCUCUCAAUUCUUUGUUUCUUCUUCCUCUCUUCCUGAAAACCCUCCCUAUCUCAUGAAUAAAGAAAACAUCAAAAAUCAAUCUCCUGCCCGUGAAAAGAUCCAUCCACGCUAAUAAGAACCCAACUGGAUUCUUCAACCGUGAACUUUGAAGAAGAAGAAGACGAAGAGGGAAGAGGAGAAGAAGACGCACGGUACUCCUUCUGAUAGGUCGAAAAAAGGGUACUUAAAACGAUAAGAAAAUAGGUAAAAUAGCAGCAGAUCGUUCUCACCAUAUUAUCAUCUUAAAGAUAGUUUAUUUGAUUCUCAUGGAGUCAGCAUCAGGAGGGUCUGGAGCAGUAGACUCGAAUAGUGGAGAACCGAGUCCGUCAGUAGCAGUUGCAGCAGCAGCAGGAGGAAGAGGAGCAUCGUCAGCAUCGCAAGGCCAAGCAGAGGGAUCAUUUCAAGCACCACUGAGCAGGUACGAGUCACAGAAGAGACGAGACUGGAACACGUUUCUACAGUACCUAAAGAACCACAAGCCACCAUUAACUCUGGCUCGCUGCAGUGGUGCACAUGUGAUCGAGUUCUUGAAAUAUUUGGAUCAAUUUGGCAAGACCAAAGUCCACAUAACGGGUUGUCCGUAUUUUGGGCACCCAAAUCCACCCGCACCCUGUGCUUGCCCUCUCAAGCAAGCGUGGGGUAGUCUCGACGCGCUAAUCGGCCGGCUGAGAGCAGCCUACGAAGAGAACGGGGGAAGACCAGAAUCUAAUCCUUUUGGAGCGAGAGCAGUGAGGAUUUACCUCAGGGAAGUCAGAGAAGCACAGGCCAAAGCCAGAGGUAUACCAUACGAGAAGAAGAAACGGAAAAGGCCUGCUGCGGUUACUGUGGCAGCUGUUCCGGCUAAUGUUUCAGUAUCAGUAAGCCAUGGGGUUGAAGUCGGUGGUGCUUCUUCAAGUGGUGGUGUUGUUGGAGAUGGGGCCGGUAGUAGCGGUGUUGAAACUAGUACGGUUUCUGCUACUAGUACUAACCCCGCUGCUGCUGCUGCUACUACUACGACAGCCGGAUAGUUUUUUCUACUUUAUAAUCUAUAUUUGAAUACCUGUCUUAAUUGUGAUUAUGAGUUUUACAUACAUAUAAUCUGGCUAAUCUGGCGACUCUCUUUACAAUCGGGAUCCAACCAUUGAUUAAUAUUUAGCUGGACAUGUCUUCUUCUUCUUCUUCA